AUGGCCUUUUUUGUACUUGCUGCGAUUGCAAUCGGUGCCGCCGCAUUGUACCAAUGCAUCAUUCACCCUUUAUUUCUGAGCCCCAUUUCAGAUAUUCCAGCUGUCCAUCCACUAGCAAAACUGACCUCUCUGUACAUGAUCUGGAUCCGCUAUCGGGACAUUGAGAACGCCACCGUCUUUGAAGCGCACCAGAAGUAUGGCGAUGUCGUUCGUCUGAGCCCGAAAGAACUGUCCGUCAACUGCAUUGACGAUGGAGUCAAGACAAUUUAUGGCAAAAACUUCGAUCGACACAACUUCUACAGUAUCUACGAGGAUUUUGGCAGGAAGAAUGUGUCCUCGAGUCUGGAUGCGAUUCCUCACGGCCUGCGGAAGAAGCGAAUCACGCAGGUCUAUUCCAAGUCAUAUGUACAUUCCUCGCCUGCAAUAGCUGGUCUGAUAGAUCGAGUCAUUCGACAGGGAUAUCUGGGCUUGAUUACUGGCUGCGCCAAAGAUGACCGACCUUUCAACACAAUGCAACUCGUUUCUGCCUUGGGACUUGACUUUGUGACGGGAUACACUUUUGGAGUGCAGAACGGCACGAAUUUCCUCAACAAUCUCGAGGAGCACGCCGAGUUUUUGCACGAAAUGCACAACGGCUGGCCAUACGAGAUCAUGUUCUGGUUUUAUGAGCUUCCCGGGACGCUGCGAUUUCUCGAACGGACGGGACUGCUCUACAAGGGACGUUCCAAAAGUCUGGAAACGUUUCACAACUUUUGUCUAAACAUGGGCGACCGAGCGGAAAAGUCUCUCAACAACACGAGCACACAGGAGAUAGCGCCGGAGGAAUAUCCCACUGUAUAUCAACAUUUCAAACGUAAUCUGGAAAAAGAAGGUAURAGCGCCACUCCAUUUGUGGAGAAGUACUCUCAGCUCUUGUGCUCGGAGCAACAGCUCGAAAUAGCCGCUGAGGUGGCCGAUCACGUCCACUCUGCGGACGAGACAAUGUCCACGACUCUGACAUAUGCGUUUUGGGAGCUUUCACGCAGACCAGAUAUGCAAUCCCGUCUCCGCCUCGAAUGCCAAUCUCUAGGCUCCUCGAUCAAUUCCGCAAGUUCRACUGAGCCUCUACCAUCCCCACCAGUCGUGGAUAAACUGCCACUACUCCAUGCAAUUCUCAUGGAGACGCUACGUCUACAUCCCGUGAUAGCGGGUGGACAAGCUCGAGUAACGCCAUAUGGGAAGUUGAGUAAGCUUGGACAGUACGAAAACAUUCCUGGCGGUUACAGAGUACAAUCUUACGCCAGAUUCCUCCAUCAAAACACCGAUGUAUUCCCUGAUCCGCUCGCUUGGUACCCCGAGAGAUGGCUGUCACAAGAUGGGGACACCGAAUCGGCAGGACAUGAUCAGAAGAUGCGAUGGUUCUGGUCAUUCAGUUCGGGUGGCAGGAUGUGUGUUGGGAGUAACCUCGCCAUGGUUGUGAUGAAGUACGUGCUGGCUCUGACGUAUGCAAACUUUGAGACGCACGUCGUGGAUGACGAUGGAAUUGAGCAUAUGGAAGGCUUCGUUGGAGGACCAAAGUCUGGUAAGCUCUUUAUUGGAGCAAAGGCGUUGUAG